AUGAAAAUAGCCUUUAUACAUCCUGACCUAGGAAUAGGUGGGGCUGAGAGGUUUACAGUAGAUGCAGCAAUAGGACUACAACAGCUCGGACAUAAUGUUAUAAUAUAUACAAACCAUUGCGAUAGAAGUCAUUGUUUUGAAGAGAUUAAGAAAGGGAUAUUGGGAGUGAAUGUAUAUGGGGAUAAGAUUCCUAGAAAGAUUUUUGGGAAAUUAUCAGUUUUUUGUGCAAUUAUUAGGCAAUUGUAUUUGUCAUUGAGGUUAUUUUUUAAAAUAGAGAAAUAUGAUGUUAUUAUUAUGGACGUAUUGCCAAUUAGUAUUCCAUUAUUAAGAUGGAAGUGUUUAAAGAUAGUAUUUUAUUGUCAUUUUCCAGAUCAGUUACUUGCAAAACGAAGUAACAUGUUAAGAAGGAUAUAUCGUAUUCCAUUUGAUAAUAUUGAGAAAAUGACAAUAUUAAUGGCAGAUAAAGUGUUAGUGAAUAGUUAUUAUACAGAAUCGGUUGUUCGUAGAACGUUUUUAUAUAUGAAGGAUCUUAGUGUAUUAUAUCCUAGUAUUAAUAUAAGUGAGAAGGAGAAUGGUGUAGAGAAACCUUUAUUAGUUAUUAAAAGGUACAAAGGAAAUAGUCAUCUACAUUAUAUUUUGUCAAUAAAUAGAUUUGAAAGGAAAAAAAAUAUUGAUUUAGCAAUAAAAGCAUAUUCCCAACUUAAAAAAGACUCGAAUUUUAAUAAAUGUUGCUUAAUUAUUGCAGGUGGAUAUGAGUCUAGAAUUAAAGAAAAUGUUGAAUAUCAUAAUGAACUUGUUGAAUUAUGUAAUAAUUUUUCUUUUAUAUCUAAGACCUUUAUGAAACCAUACGAAUUUCCUUUAGAUUUUUCUGGAUAUAAUGUUGUUUUUUUACUUUCAAUACCUACUGACUUAAAAAAUCAUCUUCUUCAAAAUGCAACAAUCUUAUUAUACACUCCUCCUUAUGAACAUUUUGGAAUUGUACCACUUGAAGCUAUGUUUCAUGAAACUAUUGUUUUAGCUCAAGAUAAUGGAGGUCCUUUAGAAACAAUUGAUAAUGGUGUAACAGGUUGGUUAAAAAAAUCUAAUGAAAAUGAAUGGGCAAAGGUAUUAAGGAAUGUUUUAUUUGAAAUGAAUGAUAAUCAACGUAUUCAAAUGGGUAAACGUUGUAAACAAAAGGUUAUAUCUUGUUUUUCAAGGGAAAAAAUGGCAAAAACUUUAGAACUUCAUAUAAAAACAACAAAAAGGUAUUAUAAAUAUGAUUUCAUAUAUCUUUCUAUUAUCUUUUUUAUCCUUAUAUUUUCUAUAUAUUUUUUAAAAAAUGGUAUCGAAUUUUUAGGGAUUAACAGAGUUGCUUCAAGUCUAUAAAUAUAACAUAAAUAAUCUCGGAAACUGUCAAAACUAUAUGUUUAAAUUG